CUAGAGUAAGCAGCGUUCGCUGCGAUUGGAUGUUGGUCAGAACGCACGAGAGCAGCACGUAAAGGAUAUCUCACUAGUAAGAAAACAUUCAACGAGAGUGAUGUCUGGACCAAGAGUGGUGGUUUUCCCCUCAGUAGCUGAGCUUGGAUCCACUCUAGCCCAGCUGGUGUCCUCUCGAGCAGAGAAAGCUCUCAGCACAGGUGAAAGCUUCUCUCUGGGCCUUUCAGGGGGGAGCUUGGUCUCCAUCCUGAGUAAGGAGCUGCCUGCUGUCCCAAGCCUUGACUGCAGCAGAUGGCUCAUUGGGUUUUGUGAUGAGAGACUCGUUCCAUUCAGGGACCCUGAGAGCACUUAUGGCUUAUAUAAGAGUCAACUGUUUGAGAAAAUCAACAUUCCAGAAGAUAGGAUUUUGGCUAUAGAUCCUUCUUUACCAGUGCAAGAAUGUGCUGAUGACUAUGCUGGCAAACUGAGCAAGGCUUUUAACACGGAGCAAAUUCCAGUUUUUGACAUGCUGUUGCUGGGAAUGGGACCAGAUGGACACACCUGCUCUCUGUUUCCAGAUCAUCCCUUAUUACAGGAAAGCCACAGGACAGUGGCGCCCAUCUCUGAUUCCCCCAAACCUCCGUCUCAGCGUGUCACUAUGACAUUACCCACGGUUAACGCUGCUCGAUGUGUAGUGUUCGUGACAACUGGGGGCAGCAAAGCUCCUGUACUCAAGCAAGUAUUGGAGGGUGGAGAAGGCCCUGCACUUCCAGCAGCUCUGGUGGCACCUGGACGGGGAGAACUCUUCUGGCUAGUGGAUGAGCCAGCAGCUGCCUCCCUCACGUCUCAGGUGGAGAGGCCAGGUCCUGGGGCAAAACUCUGAACUUAGGAGAGAGAACUUGUGGAAGCACUGUCUAGUAUUCCUUUAGUCCUUUAUAAGCCCCAUGUUUGCAAAGAUUUGUUUCUUCACAGCACUUACGAAAAUGAUCAUUAUCAUAGCUAAUUACUGCAGUUAUUGUUACUACUGUAAAACAUUAUAGGCUCUAUGAAGCUUUCAGAAUUUGUCUUUUGGUUUUUCUUUUUUUAA